GCGUAACGGUACACAAUCACGUGACAAUAUCUUUAUUUGAUCGUUUCUGGUCACGGUCUCGGUUGAUUUUCGUAUGAUAUGUAUGAUGAUAAAGAGGAAGUUGAUGAAUUAUGGUCUUACACCCAAUCAACAUCGAGGGAAUCAAGAGAAUAUUCCAUCAUCCAUCACUCAUCUACCGUCUCCCAUCUAUGGUUUUUCUUCUCAUUUUAAUUCAAUAAAGAUCAUGUAUCUUCCACGAUCUCUCCUCUUAUCCGCCUAAAUCAAAUCACUGCACUGCACCUCUUCCUACCACAUCCUCUGCGGUUUGACCUCCAAAAUUGAAUCUACUCAACAUUGAACAACUCCUAAAAAUUGUAUUUCCCUAACCAUCUUCUUUUAUCCUUUGCUCAUACCCCGUCCAUUUGGGUAAUUUCAUAGGUGCAAAAUGUCGUCCAAAAAAGCGGAUACAAAGCUCUUCACCUUACUUGAAGAAGACGAAAUUUCCAAAUUAUCAUUAGAAUCGACGGAUGAUGAGGAGCAAUAUCCUUCAGAUCACGAAUUCACGGUUGAACGAAUUUUGGCCCAAAAAUCGGAAGACAGUCAACAGCUGUAUUUGAUUAGGUGGGCGGGAUUUCCAGAGGAAGCAUCAUCUGUAAAUACUCGUGAUAUCAAAACUCAUCCUGAAAAUACUGCUAAUAUUUUUUUAUCUCACAGUGGGAGCCGAGAAUGAACAUAUUGGGCAAAGCCAUUCUUGAUGCUUGGAAAACACGACAUUCUCGUGAACUUCAGGGUUUGGAUGCACCAUAUGACAUCAGAAAGCUUGAAGCUCUAAAAAAAAGGGCUGAGGAUGGUAAGUUACGACGUCGUCGUUUGCGACGUGAAAAGAGGAAGCGCCAGGGUAUAGUUGUCUCUCCUCACGACUCGGAUGCAGAUGCCGGCGAAGAAGAGUCCACAGUUCUAUGUCCAAAUGUUAGCGCAGCUGCGCCCUGUGGCGAAAGGAAUUCUGAAAGACAGUGGCAAGUUCAAACUACCAAGAAAUCUGAGGUAUGUCGGCGAGUUGCAAAGUUGCGCAAAUAUCUAACUGACCUUUUAUAAGAUUCAGGAAUGUGUACAAAACGACUCGGACUCAUCUUCUGAUGAAGCACUGUUUGUAAAUCAACAGAAAAAGGCAAAAUUGGAUGCCUCAUCUUCUAAAAGUGCCCCCCGACCAGAGAAGGAAUCACAAAAGCAAGCUGCUUCAAAGCCAAGCGCCACUGAUACCCUGGAGAUAGCAGCCGCCACGAAGUCUUCAUCCUUUAGAGGUAUACUAAAAAUUCGAGGAGGAGGUGCCAUGCGUGGAGGUUCUUCUCUACCCUCACAAAAUGUAUUCAUCAGCGGUAAAGCUCCGAGGAAACAAAAAGCGAGUUUGAUUGAAGCUGCUGCAGAUCCAUCGAAAGACCAGCGGCAUUUCAAAACCAGACACAUCCUCAGAAAAGCGGAACUAGCUGGUAGAACGAUGGCGGAAAAAGCACCAGAUCUUGCUUUUAUCCCUGGUGGGUUGAUCAAUCCUUCAAAAGCUUCAUCUGCGCAACAACCGGAGGCUCUUAGGAGGACUUCCUCUGCUCCACAGAAUGAAGAGGAAAACCGAAGAAUGCCACCAGCUACGCCAAAUCAUGAGCAGCAAGAAGACUCCCAUCGACCUGCUCUGCACCCGGCUGAAAUGUCAUGGAAGGACGUACAGCAUAUCCCGUACGAGCAACGAACAAGAUGCUUCUUCACUACCCAGCCACAAGGGUGCUAUAAUAGUCAUUGUAAAUAUCUUCACGUCGACGAUCCCCGACUUCCUAUUGCCCUAGCCCCCGAUGGAUGGUUUGAGUCACAGAAAAAAAUCUGCUUCUUCUACAAUUUAGAUGGGAAUUGCCGACGUCGUGACACAUGUAGAGAAUUACACGAUUCAAACAGCAAUAUCCCAGUGAGGAGCCCGCCUCCUGGAUGGCUAGCGCCGGCCUCGUCUGUUAAAACCAUGCCAAGGAAAUCCCAGGCGUCCCAUAGUGUAAAUGGUCCAAAAAUGGUCUGUUAUUAUUGGUACUCUGAGAAUAAUUGCAAGAAAGGAGAUGACUGCAAAUUAGCCCAUUCAAACGACAAUGAUUUUCCCGUGGCACCGAAACCUGGCUCUAUACCAUUGAAGUCUAUUUUUUGCAAGUAUUGGAAUCAAGGUCGCUGUCAGUUGGAUAGGGACUGUUCUUUCAAGCACCAACAGGCUCAAUAUAAUCCCGUAGUUUUUACGAGUCAUGUUCACUCAAAUGUAGUCGAUCUGGAAAUUUCAAAGGAAAAAAGUUCACAGCCGCCACUGCAUAAUGCAAAAAAUACUCCGGUAUCUUGUGACGACGAUGCGAUAGAUGUCGAGAUGGACGCAGCGCCUGAUCUUCCUCCGCUUGAGCCAAAUUAUCAGGAGGCUGAACAAUUACCUUUUGAUGAUUUAAUGAAUGGGAAGGUACAAAGCGCAAGUACCAAAAUCAAAGCAGUCACGUUUGGUCCACAAGCUCAAACAACCAACCUCAACUUUACAAGCCUUCCGAAGGAUGAUUCAGGUUGGACAAAAGCCUUCGUGAGUGCAGAGACUCUAAAGUUCGACCAAAUUUGUACGGUGCAUGAUUUCAAGUCAAAAUACGGUCACAUUCAACAAUCUAUCUACUGGCAACAGAAUAUCAGUGCCGACUCUACGGACCAAGCUGGAUGCCAUAUGGUCAACAACAUAGCUGAAUAUCUCUGCCUGUGGAUAUCUGGUUUGGCAUGUGUUUCCGACAAUUAUGUCAUUCUACUUUAUCCAGUCGCAGCCGGAGAAUGGAAGUUUUUAGAUGCAGCGCCUAGCCUUUCUACCGAUGCUAAGCUGAAGUAUUUGGUAUUUGAAUCUCAGAGCCGUAUACUAAGUUCCAUCGAAUCUUCGACAAUCAACCAAAAUUCAUCGACGGAUCUUUCUUACAGAGAUAUGAUAAUGAAAAAUUUCCAUCAUCUUGAUUACGAAAAACUAAUAAUAGAUCAAAAACCUAAGGACCAGAAAGUCAAGGACCAAAAAGCCAAGAGACCUAUCUUUAACUUUUGUUUGAUAUUUCCUGCAUCGAAACAAUCUACCGCGGAAUUGAUAGCAUCAUGGCUUAGGAGCUGCUCAAUAUACAGCAAAAUUUACAAUUAUCAGAAGCCAGGAUGCUGGAACCACUUCAAGAAAAAUGUCAACACUGGAGCUGUACUGAUACACUCAUCUGCGCUUAGUCUGAUUUCCGACACAGAUCUGGUUCAUGGAAUGACAACGGAAGGGAUGAAUCACACAUUUUGGUGCAUCCAAGAUAGUACAUCGAAGAUGCCGUUCUCCAACAUCACCCAGAAACCAGAAUUGGGCCAAAUUGCAACAAAACGCCUCUUGCCUUUAGGGUAUGCCAUAAUUCUUACACCGAGUUUCUUGGUCGCAGAACCGGUUAUGACACUUAACUUCUUUAAAUGGUAUCAAAAAAAGCUCAAAAGUUCGAUAAAUGGGUCAAUUAGAGUAUUGUGCUGCCACGAACUGCCAAAUUUCCUCAUGGAACUUUUUAUUUCCAAGGUUGAGGAGCAACAAGAACUCAUGAAAAACCUCAGUGGCGACCCAUCAAUGCUUGCCAAGCUAAGCGCGAAGGGAUUAAGUCACGAACAGUGUGAGGCGAGACUUGAUCUGUAUUGGCUUCUUUGUGAUAUGCUCCGCAAGGAUCUUCCAGCUAAUUUUUCCCCGUUCGACUGUGAUCCAUCUGAGGAAGAGUCGCGGAGUCCAUUACUUUUUGCCCCUCCGUCUAUUGAUCAGAAUAAUGAGAAAAAGCUAGUCGCUUGGUUUGCAGGUUGGGCCUAUGCAAAUCUGGACAAAUACAGGCGAUUUUACGUGGUUGGUUCUGGAAAAUCCAAGAAAAGUGUUAAUGAUCCCGUGAGAAUGAUUCCGGGAAAAGACAUCUUCCCCCAAAAUUCAAAGGCUUUCCGAGAAGGCGGCGCAUUGGCUUGGGCCAGGCGACGAAGGGUGCCAUUUCCUAUUGCUACCAAUUUGGAACCAUCUAACAUCAAUGUAAAUCAAUCGGAGGAGGUGGAAGCAAAAUUGAAGGAAUUCAAAUUUGAUUUCACGGACCAAUGGUAUCCUGAGUGGAGGAGAAAUACGGGUGAAGGACACAGCACAAAUCACAUCACGGAAUAUCGGUGGGAUCGUGUGUUCGAUUCGCUAAAAAUCCCCUAUUGAUCCGCGAGCGGGGUUGGAAGGAGUUGUUUAAGUUCUAUGUGCUCAUGACACCCUUCAAGUUUCAUUGCUAUUGCGAUACGAUAUGCAUUCAGAUUCCUGCACAAAUAAUAGCGACGCAAAUAAGGAUAAAUUUAAUGCAUCGCUUCUUAAUUAAGGCUGUUGAAGCUUUUCAUUGUGCUAAUAAGCAUCUGUGAUUUCAACUAGCGACGGUGGCAUACUCUGCCCUUAGUGGUUGGUUGUUUGAUCCAUAGGCCGUUGAAAAAGCUUUGGAAAUUCCAAUCCGUCAUUACCAUACAUGUCAGUUGGAUCAAGCAUUUUUUAGAUCAUGAAUGACUGGCUUAUACUAGGUGGUGAAGCAUGGUUAAAUAGAUCAGCAAAUUGUGUAGGAGCCUCGCUGAAGUGGAAAUCGGAUGGAUUUUUGGACGUUUGUGAUCGAUCAG